GACCGACAAGCUCUACACUCACACACGCACCCCAUCUGUCUACCGCACUUCAUGAAUUCCACACUCUCACAGACACAUGUGAUGGAUGCAUCUCUCUACACACAACACACGACGCCAUGCACUCACUGACACAAUGUUGCCGAACCGAAAGAAACAUGUGUAUGGCCGCCGGCCCUGUCGGCGUGUCAUGAGCAGGCCUCUUCCCUUCCCGUCGCUCCGCCGAAGACUUUUUCAGACAUGAUGCUGGGCUGCGGCACUGUCGUGCCGGCGUCGAUGGGCCCCGCCCUGGCCCUCACACGGUACCACACACACUCAGACAUCACCACCGGCAGGGGCAUAAUCGUCUCGAACCGUGUCUUGGGCACCUCGAUAAUCUUUCCCUCGUCACUGCCGUCUGCUGCCGUCGAUCGGAAGACCUCCCACGACACCACAUUGGUGACGCCGUUGUAGCUCACGUGCAGCUGAUAGGGAAAGGGCACGUCGCGGUUGAGAACCACGGUUGGGGGCUGCUUCGACCGGCCCCACCACGGCUGCCGCGUGACGCGAUAUGCGCCAUAGUCCUCCUUGAAGGCCAUCUGCAGGAGGACCUCGUUGCGGUGGCCGUCGAGCUCGGUGAGGAAGGGGAGCGUCGGGUAGAUGCCCAGGCCGCCCCAAUUGAUGACCGUGUUGCCGUUGUCUCGCCGCUGUACACUGCCCGUGGCAAUGCCGUAGUAGUCCUGAUGACACACGAGACAUACACCUAUGCUGUGCAGGUGAAGAGUUUCUGUAUCCGCGCGUGUCACGCGCACCGGGUCAUGUCUGUACUCCCACACUUUGUGCGCCACACGAUUUGUCUCGUCGACGGCGUACUCGACGGCCCUGCUGUACUUGGGUAUGAGCAUCCGAUGCACUCUAUGGUAUCUGCUCUUCUUGUUGCCGUUGUCGAACAUCGUCACGUGGAAGGAUGCCGUGCUGUCGAUCGUCCGGUUGGCCGUCCUCCUCACGUGAUGCGCAGUCGGCGGGUGCACACGCGCGUCGUGCUGGUGCCUGAAAGGCCGGCCAUCGUAGUCGAUGUCCUCCCUGUCGAAAGCGAAAUCGCCAUGGACGCCUCCCAGCCGCCAGCAGACGUCCAUUGUGGAUCGGUCGACCCGGAUGAGCUCGUCUCUGUGUCUGAAUGAGAGGAGGAUGUCGCCUGUGUGGUCGGGCAUGAAGUCGAUGGAGUUGACGUGCAGGGCGUCGAAGCGGUUGUAUCGCUCCGAUACGUUGGAGGUGCUCUCUGCGACGAGGCGGGGAAGGGGGAAGGCGUCCCAAGACCGCCACUCGUUCAGCACGUUGCCCGAACCGUCGACCUCUUGAACAAUACUGCCUGAUGAUGCACAUGGAUGGCCAUUCAUCAAUCAGGAAGGAGAAUGAGGAGUAUAUAUCCACAACGAGCGCAUCGAUCGCACAGCCGCUUACCGACGACUUUGGUGUCCUUCUUGCCGUGCUUUGUGUCGUAUCGCGUCAUAUCGACGGGCUGCUCGUCGUAUAUGACGCACACGAAGCUGCCGUUGGCGAACGCCUCUAUGCCGUGUGAGUUGAUCUUGUACCCAUGUUGGGCCUGAUACCUCUUCGUCGGCUCAUAGAACCUGUCAAGGCCGAUAUAGUAUGACCACGGCACCCCGACGUAAGUGAUGUGGCCGUCCCUGUUCACCCGCCAAUCCACGAUUUUCUCGUUGGUGCCGAAUGGCUUGUAGAAGACGGGGUCGCCCGUCUCGUCCAGAAUCAGCCCGUAGCCCACAUAUUUCUUGUCCGGCUCCUUGUUGGUGCGCAUGAAGAGGGUCCCCACAAAGAUGAGGUCAUCUUUCCCUGUCGACUCGGAGGCGGGGAAGGUGACAGCGAUCUUAGGGAAGUCGGCAGGCAGGGUGCGAUAAGACGGGUCAGGUGCGAUGUAAGUGAGGUCAUCGUUCGCCUCGUCCGCGAGGGCCCUCGACGUGGUCUCCUCCUCCACUCCAUCAUCCCCAUCGGCAUCCUCAUGGUGCACCAGCUGCCUAUCGAAGUCGUGGUCAUAGUCGUGCAGGUCGUAUCCUUGCUCCAUCUUCUUGAUCCAGUACUCCUUGAUAGGCAUCCGAGAUAUGUAAAAUGACCACUCGUACUCAUCCAGCACCCUGGAACGGCCAUCCUCCAAAGCUGUCAGGCCCUUGAGCACCUUGACGUACACCUUCUCUCCAGGCACGAAGGGGUCCCUCGGCCGGAACAGCACAGUCUUCUGGUCAUCCCCCACCCUCAGCUCCCCCUUGUGAUGGUGUUUGCCGCUCUUGGAUCCCGUCACUUCAAAAUAGUACGAUGCAGGGCCGAGUGGCGUCUGGAUCAGGCUCCCCCGCCUCACCGCUAUUGUGGUGAAGGCCGACACCAGCAUGGCGUUUGGCCGCGGGUUGACGUAUUCGAAAGAGCCCCAUUUUCUCUUGCUAUUGUUUUCGUUGCCGCAGGCUGCUCGUGUUGGAACCAGGCCCAGCAGCACGCAGAGGAUCACCAGGAGGGACGCCAGGAGCGCCCGCGCGCAGAAUAUAGAGGGGAGGCGGGCUGAAGUAACACGGUCAUCCUCGGGGGGUCCCGGUGCGUCGCUGGGCUGACUCGACAUCGUCGCUUCCAUUAUUGCUUACUGUUUCGGAC